UCAGGCUACUAUGUAUGGUUCGCUAGGGAUGUUUGGCGAUGGCUUAUUGGACUUAGCAAUUAGUUAUUGAGUUCUGGGAAGUUUUAUUUUUUUUCCUUGUUUGGAGUGUCAAAGAGAAGAACCGGAUCUUGUAUUGUCAAGAUGAAGUUCAUGAAACUUGGUUCCAAGCCAGACACCUUUCAGACUGAUGGUAAUGUUAGGUAUGUGGCAAAUGAGCUGGCAUCAGAUAUCGUUGUUAAUGUAGGGGAUAUAAAGUUUUAUUUACAUAAGUUUCCUCUUCUGUCAAAGAGUUCUCACCUGCAGAAGUUGAUCACUGCAACUAAUGAAGAAGAAAACAGAGAUGAAGUUCAAAUUUCUGACAUUCCUGGAGGCGCUGCUGCCUUUGAGAUGUGUGCCAAGUUUUGCUAUGGCAUGGUUGUUACCCUCAAUGCUUACAAUGUGGUUUCAACUCGAUGUGCAGCUGAGUACCUUGGAAUGCAUGAGACUGUUGAGAAAGGGAACCUUAUCUACAAGAUUGAUGUUUUCCUUAGCUCUAGCAUUUUACUCAGUUGGAAGGACUCAAUCAUUGUUCUUCAGACAUGCAAGUCUAUUUCACCCUUGGCUGAAGACCUAAAAGUGGUCAACCGGUGCAUCGAAUCGAUAGCAAACAAGGCAUGUGUUGAUGUAUCCAGAGUUGACUGGUCCUAUACCUAUAACCGAAAGAAGCUUCUAGAGGAAAAUGGUAUUGAUCAAAACAAGAAUGUUGUCAGAACUCGGUCAGUUCCCAAAGACUGGUGGGUUGAGGAUUUGUGUGAGCUUGAAGUUGAUUUAUUUAAGUCGGUAAUUACUAAUAUCAAGUCCAAGGCAAUUCUUUCUGCUGAAGUGAUUGGAGAAGCUCUCAAAGCUUAUGCUCACAGAAGAUUGCCAAAUUUCAGCAAGAGUACCAGCCAAUGUGGGGAUGUGUCUAAACAUCAUUUGAUCAUUGAAACAAUUGUAUGGUUAUUGCCAGCUGAGAAAGGCUCUGUUUCUUGUAGAUUCUUAGUCAAGUUAUUGAAAGCUGCCAUUUCUUUGGAGUCAGGAGACAUGACCAUAGAAGAGCUGGUGAAGAGAAUUGGACAGCAAUUGGAGGAAGUUUCUGUAAGCGAUAUUUUGAUACGAGCCCCGGAUGGUGAUGCUAGCACCAUUUAUGAUGUUAGUAUAGUACAGAAAAUUGUAAAGGAGUAUUUGAUGCAGGAUCUCAAUACUGAAAUUGAAUCGGUUGGAGGUGAUGGUGAUAUUGAGGACUCAAGAAAGCCUGCUGGGAUUUUAUCAGAUGCUUCCAAGCUAAUGGUUGCAAAACUCAUAGAUGGAUAUCUUGCUGAAAUAGCAAAGGACCCCAAUUUACUUUUGUCUCAGUUUGUUGAUCUUGCUGAGCUGGUAUCCGGCAUCCCUCGUCCAGCUCAUGAUGGGCUUUACAGGGCCAUUGAUAUGUAUCUUAAGGUUCACCCCGGGAUCAGCAAAGGCGAGAGGAAGAGGAUAUGCAAGUUGAUGGACUGCAAAAAGUUAUCAGCUGAAGCUUGCAUGCAUGCUGUGCAAAAUGAGAGGUUACCGAUGCGAGUAGUUGUGCAGGUGCUCUAUUUUGAGCAGGUGAGGACUGCCGCAUCAUCUGGCGCCAGCACUCCUGAUGUACACAGAGGAGGAAUGAAGGAUCUCAACAAUGGGGGUUCACAUGGCAGCUCAAAAUCCGGAACAACAGCUAACACAGAAGAUGACUUAGUGGACGGUUUGGGAACAGCAGAGGAGCUGAAGGCAUUAAGGAAGGAACUUGCAUCCUUGAGGAUGAGCAGUGAGAAAGAUACCGGAGAUCAUAACAAUAACAAAUCUAACUCAGACAAGGCUGUGAUUACAAAGAUGAAGGGUCUGCUCAAGUCAAAAAGGUCAUUCAUGAAGGCAUGGACUAGCAAAGGAGGAGGAGGAGGAGAAAAUAGUGGAUCAGACUCAUCAGAAAGUAUUGGCUCUGCUAACCCAGAAGAAGCUAAAUCCACACCUUCAAGAAAUAGGAGGUAUUCAGUUUCCUAAAGUGGUUUGACUCUUCCUUUCAAGUUUCUUUUCUUUAACACGAGAAAACUGAGGUACAUAUAGUUUGAAGAGCACAGAUCACUUGAAGAAUUACUGCAAGUUAAAAUGAGGAGAGGUGGGGCUCACUUUUGUGUCCCUUUAUAUAGAUCUUAUGGAGGUGGGUCCAAUCUUUCUCGUUUUCUCUCUUUACACCACUUGAAGUGAUUCCAGUGAUCCAAGUUCAAUAGUUCAGAAGAGCAGUGUAUUUUGAAGAAUGGAG